AUGACACAUAGUGCCUAGACACAAAAAUGCACUUAACCGGAACGACAACAACAUCCUCCAACAAUACAACCAAUAAUUCGUCCAGUGGUAGUACCAAUGUCAGUAGCAACAAUGCCAGUAGCACAGGAGGAAAUACGAGUAACACAUCUGGAUCGACAGAGUCAUCGCCUCCAUCAGCCGCUACUCUUCUCAAUGAAGCCUACACAAAGAUGACAUCGGACAUUUUGGCUGAAAGAACUUUAGGCGAUUUUCUAUCCGAACAUCCUGGCGAACUCAUUCGAACUGGAAGUCCCCUCUUUGUUUGUACAGUUCUACCGCCCCACUGGAGGUCGAACAAGACUUUACCCGUUGCUUUUAAAGUGGUCGCACUGGGUGAUAUUGGGGAUGGUACAAUGGUAACGGUACGAGCUGGAAAUGAUGAAAAUUAUUGCGCAGAACUUAGAAAUUCAACAGCUGUAAUGAAAAACCAAGUGGCCAAAUUCAACGAUCUUCGAUUUGUGGGUCGAAGCGGUAGAGGUAAAAGUUUUACACUGACAAUCACGGUAUCAACAUCACCACCCCAAGUGACCACCUAUAACAAAGCUAUCAAAGUGACAGUUGAUGGACCCCGAGAACCCAGAUCGAAAACAAUGUUAUCUCUUUUAGGACAACAGCAGCAAUUUCAUUUCGCCUUUGGCCAGCGACCCUUCCAUUUCUCAGCAGACCCGCUAUCUGGAUUUCGGAUGCCGCCUAUUGGGAAUUGUCAAAACAUGUCACAAUUCGGACUAGGAGCGGCGAAUUCACACUGGGGGUAUGGUUCUGCUGGAGCGUACUCACCGUACUUGGCAGGAAGCAGUCUUUCAACCUGUGCAACUCCUACUUCCGCCCAGUUCAACAAUCCCGCCUUAGGAUUUACAUGUACGUCAGCUGAACAAGCCCCGACACAAGAUUUUACUGGGUCAGCUAAUCGUGAUUGUGUGCCAAUGCUACCUGAUUCAACCGCAACAGAUCUCGAUCAACAUCUCAGCAGCUUAGUUGGAUCUUCAUCAAGUCAAAUGACACAUCCAGGACUACUUGCGGGAUCGACGCAAUCAUCCAUAUCUUCUAGCGCCAACGGAACUUCUAACUCUAUUCUAGUCCCUCGGUACCAUUCAAAUUCGAGUAAUGAAUACAACGUUCACUCUAGUCAAAAUGGGCCACGCAGUCUCAGCGAUUCAUCGCAAGCGGAGUCACCAGUUCAAGAAGAUUUGCUAUCAUCGAAUACACCGAACCUUGGGGGAUCAAAUAACCAGAACUUUUCUGGGAUUGUUGUGAACCAAUCGCAGAAUGCUUACACUACAGGUGGAGCAGGAUGCAAUGGAUCGUUAUAUCCCGUACUACCUGCAAGUCUACUGUAUUCUCAGCUCUACACAGCUGCCAAUCAAACACACAGUUUUCAUUCCCAUUCACUUCCACCACAUGCUUCACCCAAUUCGACAGUGCAUGGAGAGCUUCAAAGUGUAAUGGAUCAUAUCAACACUGUAGGUGUGCGACAGCAGCAUAACUUAAUGUCAAGCGGGAAUUCACAUCCGGGGGACCUUACGUUAGUAGGAAACUGUGGAGCGUCCGCGAGAAAUGGAAGUGAAGAUGGGACUACCAACAGGCAAGUUGGUUUGGCAGGACACCGGGGUCAUCACAGCCAAACAGAUAAUGGAAAUUCAGUUUGGCGGCCCUACUAAAGAUAAGAGAUAGUAAGUAUUCGAAAAUUCCCACUUCCCCGUUAUUUCUGUAAAUAUUAAAAAUGUAUAUAUAAAACUUGUGUUCAAGCCAAAUAUGAUCGGACUUAUGGCUUUGACUCAACAUGCUAUAUACCUUCAAGGAAUAAUAUUCAAAAUAAUAAACGAUCGCUCUAUUCCAACCCCAACGCUAAUUUUAAAAGAUGCCCAUCAACUAAUCUCUCAAUACUCAAGCAUGAAACUGCUAUUGAAUAUAGAAUUAUGAAAGUCAAAAUUGUAAGAGUUAUUAAGAACCCCCUGGAAUUAUAUGGAAUUCUUCUCAGUCUCUAAUACUCGGAUUUUAGACGGAAAGAGCGUCUGAGGCUUCCGUAUUUGAUAACUGUUUAUCUCACACUCAUUGGGCGUACAGUCGAUAGUUAAUUGAAAUUUCAACGCGGUGCGUCAACAAUUCUAGAUCUCUUUCAGAUAUUCAAUGUUUACAAUACAAAAUAAGCUAGCCUAACACAAUGCUGAUAUAAAUCGGUUUUUAACUUUUUUUGACCAUUUCUCCCGAGUUGACUUGAAUAUCGUUUUGACCCGGUUGUCGGGAAUAUAACUUAUUUUGCCGAUCAAACCCUCCAGAUCUUGUUUUUUUGGUUGGAUUUUCCGUUUUUAAUUUCGUUCUUUUUCUUUUUAAAUGUUUCGUUAAAAAAAAUUAUUAUUAAUAUUGGUUCACUAUCGUUUUGUCUGCCACACGCACUUUUCUUUGAAACAGCCCUAGAUAGUACAUAGUGGGUAACAUCGCUCUGC